UAAACAAUAAUAUUAUGAAAAGAAUCACUUUUGUGUCGUUACGUCUUUUAUUUUGUAGGAUGUCUGCUUUUGUUGUGAAAACCAGAGAGGAAGUGGACAACAGAGACUGAAGUUCCGCGUUUGAAGCUGAAACGCAAAAGCUACAAAACUGACCCGGCCAUGAGCUGCAGCUCUCCAUCUGUGCAGAUGGAUGAGGUCAAGAGGAGAGCACAGUCCAUCCUGUCUUCUUCAGGUGUGGCCCAGGAUGUAAAGUCUGAUGUCCAGACCAUCGCUAACAUGGAUGUGCCGCUGUCAGAGAAGUACUGCCACCUGGCAGUGGAAGCCAUGUUGAAGGAGAAUACGACUAGCAGCAGUAGACAGGAGGUCUGGGAGUCUCUUAGUCGGCUCGUCAAGGCCUUGAGUAUCCUGGAGAAGUAUGGCUGUAACCUGGCCUGCCCUGCCAGGCCCAAAUACUGGAGGAGUGUCAAACACAACAACCCAGUCUUCAGAACCACAGUGGAUGCAGUGAAGGGAGGACGCAAAGUCCUCUUUCUCUACGGUUACACCAACCAGCAGGUCGACGGCCUUAGUUUUCCUGAUGAAGUCAGUGAACCUGACACUGACAAAGUGGCAGCAGUUACACUAGAGGUCAUGACCUUACGCACAGAGGUGGAUAUGUUAGUUAAGGGAACUCAUCCUCACGUAGAAAGCUUCAAAGAUGUCGUCCCAUUCAUCUCACAGCAGCAGAAUGUGAUGGGGAGCGACCAGGUUGUUGUCCCAUCGUCAGACCAGCAGAAUGAAACCAAACUCUCUCCGCCUAAACCGGCUCCUCGCACCCAUGUAGCUCCACCCCCAAAGCCAGCAGCAGACUCUGAGUGUAAUUUGUGCGGCAGCUCGUCUUCACUAGUUUGUCCCUCCUGCAAUGGUCAGUGUUUCUGUGAUGCCUGUGACGGGCUUUUUCACCGACACCCCAGCAGAGCCAGUCACAAGAGGGACAAAAUCCAGAAGAUCAGUGAGGAGACCUGUGGCCUCUGUGGUGUCUCUGUCGUCCAGUCUCACUGCUCCACCUGUGUCCAAAGACUGUGUGUGAACUGUGACAAAAUCUUUCACUCCCACCCCGACCGUAAAGGACACAACAGAAUUUUCCUGACACUGGCCAAAACCUCUAGUCCUUCUCUGUCCACUUGGGAGUGCUCUCACUGCACCACAGUCAAUGAGAUGCGGGCCGUCCUCUGUUCCACCUGCGAUCGGCCCCGACUCGCCACUGCCGCUUCCAACAUUCAAGAAAACUCUGUUUCACUUCCUGCAUCAACAAACACAGAGUGGGAGUGUAAGAGCUGCACUAUGGUCAAUCAAGGCAGCAGCAUUCUCUGUGAGGUGUGUGAGCGCCCUCGUCUGGCCACCCGACCACUCGUUCCCCCGAAGGUGUUCAGCCCAGGAUCUCGCGCUGAUACAACAAAGUGGACCUGUCAGUUCUGCACCUUUGUCAACGCUAAGACCACAACAGCAUGUGAAAUAUGCAACCUGCCGUGUAAAGAACCUCCUGCAGACGCCGUCCUCCAGUCCCUUCAACAAACACCUCCAGUCUCCAAAGACAAACCUCAGCCGGCUGUGAAGCCUCCACAGCUGAAGCUCAGAGAGGACGUGGAGCUGCACAGGCAGAAGGUGAUGAGGGAGGAUGGAAUGGACCUCAUUCGUCGCAUACGGGAAGCAGAAACACGUGGCAUCAGUCCGGAGGAAAUUUACGCAGCCCUUUGCGUUUGCCGCAGCAGCGACGUUGACCCCUGUGAUUGGCUCUCAUCGGAGCUACCCCACCUGCUGGAUGAAAUCUGCGCCAUUGCUGCCUCUGUCCAGCUAAGCUCUAAAGCAGGGGAUUCUGGGAUAUACCCAGUUGAGGCUGAGGGAGUGUCCACAGGUGAAGGUCUGAAACUGUCCAGGGCUGAGGCCAAACAGGCCUGGUUAGCAGCAGGUGGAGACACAGAGAGAGCAGUGACACAGCUGCUGAGAAACCGUCAGGCCAAGAUGAGGGAGCUCCACUCUCUGGGCUUCAAAGAAGUCGCUCAGUGUGAGGAGGCACUGCGACAAAGCGCAGGUGAAGUUAAAGGAGCGUUGUCUUUACUUCAGCGCCCUCUGCUGGAACCUUUCCACCAGCGUAUAUGGAGCGAACAGGUUGAGCCACCUAUUGAUCCAAAACACCAAGACAAACAGAGAAUGUGCCGGCGUCUGCUGGCCCUGUACAACCUGCCCAGCUGGGGUCGGUGUGAGCUGGUGCUGUCUCUGCUACAGGAGCCUGACGUCUCCUACUCACUGGAGGACGUGGUUCAAGCUGUGAAGGAGUCACCUGACAAAGAGUUCAUUAAACGUCUUCUUAACAACGAGUGUCCCUGCUGUCUGGACAUCUUCCCACGUGGGAAGAUGCAGUCCCUGACUUCCUGUCAGUGCUCCGUGUGUCAGGAGUGCUUCACGCAGCACUUCACUAUUGCGGUGAGAGACAAACACAUCAGAGACAUGGUUUGUCCUGUCUGUUCAGAGCCGGACAUCAAUGACCCAGAACAGCUGGACAGUUACUUCUCCACCCUGGACAUACAGCUGAGGGAGUGUCUGGAGUCUGACGUCUUUGAGCUGUUUCAUAAAAAACUAACAGAACACGCUCUGAUGAAGGACCCAAAGUUCCUCUGGUGCUGUCAUUGCACCUCUGGAUUUAUCAACGACGGAAAUCAGCUGAAGGUCACGUGCCCCUACUGCCGACAGAGCUUUUGCACUCAGUGUAAAAAGCCUUGGGAGCCUCAGCACCAGGAUCUGACCUGUGAACAGUUCCAGCAGUGGAAGAGAGACAACGAUCCAGAAUACCAGAGACAGGGUUUGGCUGGUUACCUGAGAGACAAUGGCAUCACCUGUCCUCACUGCAGGUUCCAGUACGCUCUGACCAAAGGUGGCUGCAUGCACUUCAGCUGCUCUCAGUGCAGGUACCAGUUCUGCAGUGGCUGCAACAACCCCUACCACAAGACGGUGUGUAGGACUCCACAGUGUAAUCACACAGGUCUGCACGCUCAUCACCCUCGAGAUUGUCUCUUCUAUCUAAGAGACUGGGAGCCACUCAGGUUACAGACACUGCUGCAGAAAUGUGGUGUGGAGUUUAACACAGAUCCCUUGAACGCAGCUCAAAAUGCGGAGGCCUGUGGAGUAAUGGAGCAGAAAGAUGAGGGAGGGCAGCAGGAAGAUUCUCCAUGUGGUGGCCAGACUCAGCCUGGACAAGCUGGACUCUGCGAAAAACACUACAAAGAAUACCUGGUGAGUCUGAUCAACGCUCACACCCUGGACCCAGCUCUCCUCUACGACAAUCAGGAGCUGAAUCGUGCCUGCGAGAGAUACCAGGUGACGCUGCAGAGAGUGGACAACGAGGCAGAUGAUGCUUACUACCCACGACUGCGCAAGAAACUGAUGGAGUUCCCUCUUGGAGAAAGAGUUCCUCGUAACAAGUGAAGAAAUCCCUGAACUUCACUGGAAAUUCUUUAUUACAGUGAUGUAAUUUAGUGCAUAGGCCAUAAAGUGAACGGUGAUUUUCUUUAAUUAUCAGAGAAACAAAAAGAUGAAGGAGACAAUCAGUUUUCUCUGUACUAUAUAGAAGUUCAUUCUUAUGUCGAAAUGUUGCGUUCAAAUCAAAAAUGCUCAAAAUCUUCUGGUUCACAUAAACACUUAAAUUACAAAAUACUAAGCAAAAUGUUCUAAAUAAAUGUGUUUACCUUUAA